UCGCAUUGUUUAUUGUGGCGCGGUGUGCCCGGUCGUGUUGAUCGUGAAUGAAGUUCUCGAUGUUUCUCAUUUGAAUUGCAGGAAUUCACGGCAGUGCUAAUUUCUUCAAUAUUUGCUGCUGCUUUGCAAGAUAACCAACAACAUUUGACGCGGACACACGUCGUCUGACCCCGAACAAGCGCCGCCAAAAGUGUACAAUCGCAGUCUGAGUACCGCAGGACCGGGGGAGUCGCUGAUUGAAAGGCGUCCUGCCGCGCCGACCGCGUUUACCGCCGACAAUGCGGCUCUGACCGGACAGUGAGCUGCCAGUGAUCGGACCCGCGGCAUUGCUGUAAACUGUGAACGGUGACUAAGCCGCAGCCAUGGUGAGCCACGACAAGAAACUGUACAAUAACCUGGUGCAGAUGGCCAUGCUGGCCAGCCUGCUGCGCUUCCAGCCGGAGCUGGGCGGCGUGCACGACUACGAGCCGCCGCUCGAGGCCGACCUGAUCCUGGGCCAGAGCUGGGCGCACACCUCUGCGCGCACCGUGCACGCCCACCUGGAGCACGCCGCGCACCACAAGAACAUCGACAACGUCAUCGAGCGCUACCAGGAGGAGCUGUUCGAGGAGCUGCACUCGCUGGGCCGGUACCAGCGGCCGUUCCGGCCCAGCCACAUCCAGGCUUACCAGCUGCUGGACGGCGAGGCGGACCUGCCGCUGCCGCCGGAGCCGGAGCCGGAGCCGGGCCCGCCGGUCACCAACAGCACCCUGCUGCAGUCAGCCAACGUCAGCGAGGACCUCUCGUCGCUGUCGGGCCUGUACGACUCCCGGCCGGAGCCCGAGCUGGACCUGGACCUGGAGCUCGACCUGGAGCUGGGUCUGGAGCGCGACCUGAGCCGGCGGUUGGAGCUGGAGCUGGAGGCCGGCCUGCCGCUGCCGCCGCCGCCGGCCGAGUUCGACGUCUGGGAGAUGAUGGACGCCGACCUGGCCGAGGAGGCGUCGGCCGCCGAGCGCGUCCGCUCCAGCCUCGGCGCCGACACCGGCGACGACUUCAUCCAGUCGGACGUGGACAUGUCGGACGAGGAUGCCGAGGCCAUCGAGGUACUCCUCCGUCAGGACAUGGUCCUGGGCGCGUCGCCGCCCCCGUCGGCGCCGCCGUCACUCGAGGACGGCUCGGCCGGCUCGUGCUGCUCGCCCGAACCGCUCGACGAUGACGACGACGCACUGGUGCCGCUCAAGCCGGCCCAGGAGUAUGUUUCAGAUGACUGGCCAGCGCUGGAGGCAGAGCAGGAGGAGGAGCAGCGGGAGCGGGAGCAGCGGUGGCGCACGGUCGACGACUGGGAGGACGAGGAAGAGGACGAGGACGGAGCCACCGAGGAGGAGCACCGCGCCGCUCUGCGCCACCUCUGGCACAGGAUCGACUCCACCGCCGACCCGGAGACAGGAGAACUGUUUUCCCGUUCGGAGGAAGGGGAGGAGGAGGAAGGGGACGGCUCAGCGUCCCUGUCGGCGGACCGGCGGCCAGCCAGUGAGAUCAGCGACGUACCAGAGAAGGUGCGGCACGUGUCCGGGGACGACUCGGGUCAGGGCAGCUCGGCCGAGUCCGAGGAGCCCGGUGACGCCGAGCUGGCGCUGCUCGAUGAGAUGAUUGAGACGGUCCGGCGGCGUCCAGAGCUGGUUCAGGGUCGACUGCCGUUCAUACGGACGAUGAGCAUGGAGCAGCGCUGGCAGGACCUGGCCAGCCUGCUGUCGCUGCCGGCGCAGGAGGCGGCUGCCGCCGGCGGCAUGACGCACGCCCACCAGCAGAUGCUGGCCGCCUCUGCGGCGCACCACCCGGCCUACCCGUACGGCGCGGCGGCGUACGGGCCGGCCGGCCACCCGGCCCACCACCCGGACAUGGCGCGCUCGGUGCUGCUGCAGAACGCCAGCCUGGCGCCGCCGCCGCCGCCGCCCCCGGCCGCGCCCACCGCCGUCUCGGCCGCCGACCUGGUCACCAACGGCGGCGCCGGCUACUCGGCCUCGGGCGGCAUGGGGAGCGUCUCCCACCUGGGCUCGGCGGUCGUGUCGUCAAUGAACCUGACCACGGACGGCCUGCACCCGUCCGGACCGGCGGCCACUAGCGCCGCCGGCGGCGACAUGAUGUACUACCAGAACAGCGCGGCGGCGCUGGCGUCGUCGGUGGCCGGCGCGGCGGCCGCCGACCCGCCGCCGCCGCCGCCGCCGCCCCACGACGGCGGCUUCCUGUCGCAGAUCCUGGGCGUCGACGAGCUGCAGCUGAUGGAGAUGCCCAUGUCCGAUGGUCACGCCGAGUGGGCGGCCGGCGCCGGCGCGGCCGACGACCAGUUCUCAGCGCCCACCUCCGACUACGCCAAGGCGUCCCAGGCGCACCGUCUGCACGAGUACAGCGGCUACCGGGCGGCGGCGGCGGCCGCCUCGCCGACAGUGCCGGGCCCUCCACCCGACUCGCGCGCCGCCAGUCUGCCCAGCGCCCAGCUGAAGAAGCACCAGUUCUUCGGCAAACGCUACUUCCAGGGAGCAGACGGUCCGUACGGCGCGGCCGGCGGCAGUGCACUGCCCCCCGGCUCUCCGUCGCCGGCGGCGCCGCUGAAAUACCCGUCGGCGUACGGCGCCGAGGGUGGCCUGGCCAGCGGCCACGGCUACCCGCCGUCCACCCCCGGCUCGGCGGAGGCGGCAGCGGCCGCCCUCGAGUCGCCAGAGCUCAAAUACAGCUGCAGCAUGGACUUCAUGCGAGGCCACCCCGGCGACCGGAUGGGUCUGGUGUCUCACAACCACAGCUACCACCUGCCGCCGCAGACGGAGGGGCCCAGCGGCGUGCAGCGCCAGCUCAGCCGCGACAAACACGGUGACCGGCCCAAGGAGCACCUGACACGCGACGAGAAGCGGGCGCGCUCCAUGUCGAUCCCGCUCUCGAACGAGGACAUCAUCCACCUGCCGAUGGACGAGUUCAACGAGCGGCUCUCCAAGCACGACCUGACCGAGGCACAACUCAGCCUCAUCCGAGAUAUCCGACGGCGCGGCAAGAACAAGCUGGCCGCUCAAAACUGUCGAAAACGCAAGUUGGACCAGAUUCUGACGCUGGCAGAGGAGGUGCAGCGCGCCAAGGACCAGAAGCAGCAGACGCUGGCCGACCACCAGUUUCUGCUGCAGGAGCGCAGCCGCAUCAAGGAGAAGUACUCGCAGCUCUACCGACACGUCUUCCAGUCGUUACGGGACCCGGACGGCAACCCGUACUCGCCGCUCGAGUACAGUCUGCAGCAGUCUGCGGACGGCAGCAUUCUGCUGGUUCCGCGCAACACCACCAGUGGCGCCACCGUCGAGCCUGACGCGUCCACCGGCGCGCGCCGCAAACAGCGCGACCCGCAGAAGCCCGAGUGACGGCCGCGGGCGGCGCGAGCACUCCCCCACUACUGUGAUCACCGCCGGCCGCGGCGCCGCCCCCCAAACGCAUCACAUACCCCCCCCCCCCUAUUCCCAAAGAUGGUACAACACUUUUUUAACGUUGCUCAAACUGGCGGACGUGUCAUGGGCAACCUGUUUUUAUUUGUGCGUGAGUGAGUGAUGUGCGAGUGCAGCUGCGGGCACUGACAGUUUCGGUCCGCUGGGCCGCCGGCCUCCGGACGCUAUUGGUCUGUCUUCUCACACCCAUACACCCAUACGCAGCGCGUGCACGCAGUGAGCGGCAGCACGGCGCGGGACUCCGCUCGCGGCGCGGUGCCGGGCUGCCGGCGACGACCGACCACAAAGUCAUGUGAGAGUGAGCGCUCGCGGGCGGCCGGCCGGACGGUCCGCUGGGGCCGCCGCCGCCCCCUCCGGUGUGGCCUCUGUUUCCGGGUGCGUGCUAUGUGCGUAUGUUUGUGUAUGUGUGUGUUUGUGUUUGAGUGCUUGUAUGCGAGGGGGUCAACGGUAUUUGUCGUUUACCGGCGGUUGGGCGGGGAGGGAGAGAGUGAGUGAGCUGCUAGUGCUUAGUUUCGUAUAUUUUGGAAGUCAUUGACUCGAGAUUCAUUUGUUACACGUGGCCGCCGAGACUAUAAUGUGUUAUUGUAAAUGCUCUGUCCGCUCGGGCGGCGGGUGUCUAAUAAACUAGUGAAGAGU